UUGCCUCUAGGUGGCUGAAGUAGUCUAAUGAAUUCUGGUUGCUGAGCAUGCUCAGACGCUGCUUCUGAGUACCCACUUUGCAAGCUGAAGGAGAUAGCAAAGGGACUCAGACGGAGGCCUGAGUGUCGGUCCUGCUGUUAAUCCUUAAAGCAACCCUGCUUGGAUCCAAAGGGAAGAGAUCCAUGAGGUGGAAUUUGGGUGCCAAUAAUCUCCAUCCCUCAACAUGGAGAUAUUUUUCAGAGCUGGCUUGGAGCAGGGUUUAAAGAUAGAAAAGGAAGAUUUGGAUGGUCACGAAGCAGGAAAAGACCCUGAGGCCAACCAGAUGGGGAGCAGCAGGGAAUUCUGGGAAAGAGCUGAGCAGAAGAUGCUGGGAGUUGAAGAGGACGCCACCAGCCCAGAUGUGCAGCAUCAAAGCUUCAGGCAGUUCUGCUACCGGGAAGCUGAGGGGCCCCGAGAGGUUUGCAGCCAACUCCACAGGCUUUGCUGCCGGUGGCUGAAGCCGGAAAGGCACACCAAGAAGCAGAUCGUAGACCUGGUGGUGCUGGAGCAGUUCCUGACCAUCCUGCCCGCGGAGAUGGAGAGCUGGGUCAGAGAAUGCGGAGCGGAGACCACUUCCCAGGCGGUGGCUCUGGCAGAAGGUUUCCUCCUGAGCCGGGAAGAGGAGCAGAAGCCGGAAGAGCAGCAGAUGCCAGACCAGCUGCCAGAAGCCGCCCCUGAUUUCCCUGAGGCAGAGGAGGCUCCAUCAGAAACCAGGCAGAGGCCACCAUCCAGUGGGAUCUCAGAGGAAGCUGAUGGAGGUGCUGAAAGGCUAGGACCCUGGCAUCCUCAGUCAUUUCUCCUUUCCAGUGGAGUGGAAGAAGCUUCAGGAGGACCGGAUCAGGUGACCUCUGAGGACGUGGCUGUGCAUUUCACAGAGGAGGAGUGGGUUCUGCUGGAUCCGGCCCAAAGAGCCUUGCACAGAGAAGUCGUGGAGGAGAAUGCUGCGAAUCUGGCCGCUCUGGAAGGCGACAGUUGGAAGAAUGAGGGAAAACCCAGCGGAGAAAUCUUGGGAGGUGCAAGAAGGAAAAAGAAGGAACAACAGAAUCGAAAAACGGCGGCAAAGUGGAAGAGCAGGAAUGGAUCAUCCCCUUCUCAUCAUGGAAUCCAACAAAGAAUGCAGAAAGCGAGAGAGAGAAGCCUGUGCCCUCCAUUUAGGAAAAGCUCCAGUUCAGAACCAAGCUCUCAACCUCAGUGGGAAAUGCACACAGGGGAGAAACCAAAUAAAUGUAUGGAGUGUGGAAAGAGCUUCAGCACGAGUGGAUAUCUGACUAUACACCAGAGAAUCCACAGUAGGGAGAAAACAUAUAAAUGCUUGGAAUGUGGAAAGAGCUUCAUCAAGAGGGGAGAUCUUACUGUACACCAGAGAAUCCACACUGGGGAGAAACCACACAAAUGCUUGGAGUGUGGAAAGAGCUUCAGCACAAGUAAAUAUCUGACUACACACCAGAGAACCCACAGUGGGGAGAAACCAUAUAAAUGCUUGGAGUGUGGAAAGAGCUUCAUCAAGAGGGGAGAUCUUACUAUACACCAGAGAAUCCACACUGGGGAGAAACCGCACAAAUGCUUGGAGUGUGGAAAAAGUUUCCACCAGAUUGGACACCUUACUAUACAUUAUAGAACCCACACUGGGGAGAAAUCUUAUGAAUGCUUGGAGUGUGGAAAGACCUUCAGUACACGUUCAGAUCUUACUAGGCAUUGUAGAACCCACACUGGGGAGAAACCAUAUAAAUGCUUGGAGUGUGGAAAAAACUUCCGCCGGAGUGGACAGCUUACUAUACAUCAUAGAACUCACACUGGCGAGGAACCACACAAAUGCUUGGAGUGUGGAAAGAGCUUCAGCACAAGUGCAUAUCUGACUAUACACCAGAGAACCCACACUGGGGAGAAACCAUAUAAAUGCUUAGAGUGUGGAAAGAGCUUCAGCAUCAAUUCCACUCUGACUAGGCAUCGUAGAACCCACACUGGGGAGAAACCAUAUAAAUGGAGCAUGGAAAGAGCUUCUGCCAGACUGUACAGCUUCCUAUAUCACAUGAAUGCUUGGAGUGUGGAAAGAGCUUCAGGAGGAAGUCAACCCUUACUGCACAUGCGCAAACGCAUACAGGGUGAUAAAGCUGAGGAUCUUUCUCACUGUGUGAAUUCUAAAACCUUCCGGGAUUUCUGCUUCCGGGCAAGCAAAUUAUUGAGCAACGGAUGGCUUGUAAAACGCAACACUGCUUCGACUGCAGGGGAAGAGAUCCAUGAGGUGGAAUUUGGGUGCCAAACAUCUCCAUCCCUCCACAUGGAGAUAUUUUUCAGAGCUGCCGUGGAGCAGGGAUUAAAGAUAGAAAAGGAAGACUCGGCUGACCGGGAAGCAAGAAAAUGCCCCAAGGCCAGACAGGUAGGGAGCUGCCGGGAAUUUUGGGAAAGAGCUAAGCAGAAGAUGCUGGGAGUCGAAGAGGACACCACCAGCCCAGGUGUGCAGCAUCAAAGCUUCAGGCAGUUCUGCUACCGGGAGGCCGAGGGGCCCCGAGAGGUUUGCAGCCAACUCCACAGGCUUUGCUGCCGGUGGCUGAAGCCAGAAAGGCACACCAAGAAGCAGAUCAUAGACCUGGUGGUGCUGGAGCAGUUCCUGACCAUCCUGCCCACGGAGAUGGAGAGCUGGGUCAGAGAAUGCGGAGCAGAGACCACUUUCCAGGCGGUGGCUCUGGCCGAAGGUUUCCUCCUGAGCCGGGUAGAGGAGCAGAAGCCGGAAGAGCAGCAGAUGCAAGACCUGCUGUCAGAAGCAACCCCUCAUUUCCCUGAGGCAGAGGAGGCUCCGUCAGACACCAGGAAUAGGCUGCUGUUGUCCAGUGGGAUCUCACAGGAGGGUGAUGGAGGUGUCGGAAGGAUAGGGCCCAGGAAUCCUCAGCCAUCUCUCCUUUCCAGUGGAGCGGAAGAAGCUUCAGGAGGACCGGAUCAGGUGACCUUUGAGGAAGUGGCUGUGCAUUUCACGGAGGAGGAAUGGGCGCUGCUGGAUCCAGCCCAAAGAGCCCUGCACAGAGAGGUCAUGGACGAGAAUGCUGCAAAUCUGGCCGCUCUGGAAGGUGAUAGGUGGAAGAAUGAGGGGAAACCUAGCGGAGGCAUUCUGGGAAGUACAAGUUGGGGAAAGAGGAAACAACCGAAACAAAAAAUGGGAGCAAAAGGGAAGAACGGGAAUGGAUCGUCCCCUUCUCAUCAUGGAACCCAGCAAAUAGUGCAGAAAGAACGAGAAAACAGCCUGUGCCCUCCACGUAGGAAAGCCUCCAGUUCAGAACUGAGUUCUCAACCUCAGUGGGAAAUACAGGCAGGGAAGGAACUAUACGAAUGCUUGGAGUGUGGAAAGAGCUUCAGCACCAGUGGAUAUCUUAAUAAACACCAUAGAAUCCACACUGGGGAGAAACCUCAUAAAUGCCUGGAGUGUGGAAAGAGCUUCAGCCGGAGUGGAGAUCUUACUGCACAUCGUAGAACCCACACUGGGGAGAAACCGUAUAAAUGCUUGGAGUGUGGAAAGAGCUUCAGCACCAGUGGAUAUCUUAAUAAACACCAUAGAAUCCACACUGGGGAGAAACCUCAUAAAUGCCUGGAAUGUGGAAAGAGCUUCAGCCGGAGCGAGGCACUUACGGCACACCGAAGAACUCACACUGGGGAGAAACCGUAUAAAUGCUUGGAGUGUGGAAAGAGCUUCAGCUGGAGUGGAGAUCUUACUGCACAUCGUAGAACCCACACUGGGGAGAAACCGUAUAAAUGCUUGGAAUGUGGAAAGAGCUUCAGAACGAGUGGAAAGCUAACUAUACAUCAUAGAACCCACACACGGGGGAAACUUCAUAAAUGCUUGGAGUGUGGAAAAAGCUUCAGACUCAGUGGAGCUCUUACUAGUCAUCAUAAAAUCCAAACUGGGGAGACACCACAUAAAUGCUAUGAGUGUGGAAAUAGCUUCAGCUGGAGGGGAGAUCUUACGGUACACCAUAGAACCCACACUGGAGAGAAACCAUAUGGAUGUUUGCAGUGUGGAAAGAGCUUCAAAAGGAGUGGAGAUCUUACUAGACACCGUAGAACCCACACUGGGGAGAAAACCGUAUAAAUGCUUGGAGUUUCACAAGAGCUUCAGGAGGAAGGCAAAGCUUACCACACCUGAACCAACUCAUACACGAUGAAAAUCAUACACCUGAAACGGCAGAUAAAACUGACGAUAAACCUCACUGUAUGAAAUAUAAAACCUUGUUGAAAUGUCUUCUUCUGAUUUGACUUGUUUUUACACUUGUUACCUUCUGAGCAGUCACCUUAAACGCUCCCUUGGCAUCGCUGAGACGAAGUGGGGAAAUGCUCAACUAACAAGCAGAAGGUUGCCAGUUCAAAUCCCCACUGGUGCUCUAUCGGGCAGCAGCGAUCUAGGAAGAUGCUGAAAGGCAUCAUCUCAUACUGUGCGGGAGACGGCAAUGGUUAACCCCUCCUGUAUUCUACCAAAGACAACCACAGGGUUCUGUGGGCGCCAGGGGUUGAAAUCGACUUGACGGCACACUUUGCCUUACCUUCUGAGAGAACUGGGACCCCGUGUUUUACCGACUCGGUUAUGAAUAAAUGUGCAUAAUUGAUUCCAACUGAUUCAUGACUAUUAGUGCUUCACAGCAUAUACUUUCUUUUCAUUGGCUCUUAAUAAAUGUCUGUAUUGGU